UGAAGGAGGGAAGGAGCAGGAGAGCAGGAAGGAAACGCAGGAGGAGGGAGCAGCAGCUCCUUUGAACACAGAGGAGGAUCUGUUUGCUGUUAAAAUCAGUCUCCCUCGGCACCCUGAACGAUGGAUAUAAUAUUUGGCAGGAAUAGGAAAGAACAGCUGGAGCCUGUGAGGGCCAAAGUGACAGGCAAGAUUCCAGCAUGGCUGCAGGGAACCCUGCUCCGCAACGGGCCUGGGAUGCACACGGUGGGGGAGUCCAGAUACAACCAUUGGUUCGACGGCCUUGCCCUGCUUCACAGCUUCACCAUCAGAGACGGUGAAAUCUAUUACAGGAGCAAAUACCUGAGAAGCGAUACCUACAAUGCCAAUAUUGAGGCAAACAGGAUUGUGGUGUCUGAAUUUGGAACAAUGGCCUAUCCGGACCCCUGCAAAAACAUAUUUUCCAAAGCUUUCACCUACUUGUCUCACACCAUCCCCGAUUUCACAGACAACUGCCUGAUCAACAUCAUGAAGUGCGGAGAAGACUUCUAUGCGACCUCAGAGACCAAUUACAUCAGGAAAAUCAACCCACAGACUCUGGAAACCCUGGAGAAGGUUGAUUAUCGUAAAUACGUGACGGUAAAUCUGGCAACGUCACAUCCCCAUUAUGAUGAGGCUGGAAAUGUUCUCAACAUGGGCACAUCCAUUGUGGAAAAGGGGAAGACAAAAUAUGUGAUUUUUAAGAUCCCUGCCACAGUACCAGAGGGCAAGAAGCAAGGGAAGAGUCCCUGGAAGCACACGGAGGUGUUCUGCUCCAUCCCGUCCCGCUCCCUGCUCUCCCCAAGCUACUACCACAGCUUUGGAGUCACCGAGAACUAUGUCAUCUUCCUUGAGCAGCCUUUCAGGUUGGAUAUUCUCAAGAUGGCAACCGCAUACAUCCGGAGAAUGAGCUGGGCCUCCUGCCUGGCUUUCCACAGGGAGGAGAAGACUUAUAUCCACAUCAUCGACCAAAGGACCAGGCAGCCUGUGCAGACCAAGUUUUACACAGACGCCAUGGUGGUCUUCCAUCACGUCAACGCCUAUGAAGAGGACGGCUGCAUCGUGUUUGACGUUAUUGCCUACGAGGACAACAGCCUCUACCAGCUCUUCUACCUGGCCAACCUGAACCAGGACUUUAAGGAGAACAGCAGGCUCACCUCGGUCCCCACCCUCAGGAGGUUUGCCGUGCCCCUCCACGCGGACAAGAAUGCAGAAGUGGGCUCAAAUUUAAUCAAAGUGGCAUCUACAACAGCCACGGCCCUGAAGGAAGAAGAUGGCCAAGUCUACUGCCAGCCGGAAUUUCUUUAUGAAGGCUUAGAGCUUCCACGGGUCAAUUAUGCUCACAAUGGAAAGCAAUACCGAUAUGUCUUUGCUGCAGGAGUUCAAUGGAGUCCAAUCCCAACCAAGAUAAUAAAAUAUGACAUUCUCACAAAGUCAUCCUUGAAAUGGAGAGAGGACGACUGCUGGCCAGCGGAACCUCUGUUUGUGCCCGCACCAGGUGCCAAGGAUGAGGAUGACGGAGUAAUCCUAUCAGCCAUUGUCUCUACGGAUCCCCAGAAGCCACCUUUUCUGCUCAUUCUGGAUGCCAAAAGCUUUACAGAAUUGGCCCGUGCCUCCGUUGAUGUCGAUAUGCACAUGGAUCUCCAUGGAUUAUUCAUCGCAGACAUGGACGGGGACGCAAAAAAGCAGGCCGCUUCUGAGGAACAGCGGGACAGGGCUUCCGACUGCCACGGGGCUCCUCCGACCUGAUGAUGUUGAGGUUUGGACAGGGGAGGGAAGCUUGGCUGUCAGAACCCCAUGGAUACAUUUCUUUGGAUAGAGGAGAGGGCCUUGGUUACCUUUUGUACUUAUUCUUUCUGUGGGUGCUUUCACAAGGGCAUGGCAAGGGACCUUGUCAGUAUCAUUUCUUUCAUUUUAUUUUGGCCGUAAAAA